GAGUAGAUGUUACUGUAGUAACAAUCACCUCAAAAGUCCGGUCAAAAGCUAACGACAACAUUGGAAUUUUCAAGCUUCCUAGUUUACACCAAUAGAAACAUUUCGAAGACACACAAACAAACAAAGUUACCUGCAACGACUACUGUUAUCAAUCAAACAAACUGCUUUCCACGUUCACUCCACUUUAUCUUCUUCUCUUCUCAUCAUCAUCAACAUCCACGUAACUUCCUCAUUACUUUACCACCUCUACCCUCAACUUAUUUCCCAAAACCGCGUCUCACUAGGGGCAAAUUCGUCAUUACAUCUCCCCCUACUCCCUCUACUUCAUACCAUUUCUAGGUUAUCGUUUACUCUAAUGAUUCAUAAACUUAACAUUCACUAAAAAUGUCUGAAAACGGAGAAGAGAAAUUACUCGCUGUGGCACGCCACAUAGCAAAAACGCUAGGCCACAACAACAACAUGGCUGAUGAUAUUCUCCAAAUUUUCUCAAACUUCGAUGGAAGAUUCUCGAAGGAAAAUCUCUCCGAGAAAGUAGCGGUUCCAGAAACAGAUCCAAGAGCAUGCGCCGCACUGGAUCACUGUCUCAAAAACCUCGACCGUCGGAUCUCUCACUUUGUUUCCUCCGAUCACCCUAUCUGGGCGGAUUCCGCCGACGCCGGUGCUUUCCUUGACGCCGUUGACGACUUAAUCGCCUCCGUUGCUGAGUGGAACCACCUCACCGGUGAUAAAUCCAUCGCCACGUGUCUUGUUCGUGCUGAGGAUAUGCUUCAGCACGCUAUGUUUCGUCUUGAGGAUGAGUUCCGAUCUCUCAUGGAACGGGGCGGUGAGUCGUUUGACCUAACGCAACCGUAUCGGAACAGUGAUUCAGCUGGAAACUUGUCGAAUUUACCGUUUGAUUCGGAAGAAGAGGAGGAAGAAAUCGACGACGAAGGUAGAAAUGGAGAAGAUGAUCUGAUUCCGGUUGCUAUGCCGGUAACUGAUUACGACAUCGUGAUUGAUGCGUUACCGUCGGCGACGAUUAACGACCUUCACGAAAUCGCGAAGCGAAUGGUUGCUGGUGGAUUUGGUAAAGAGUGUUCUCACGUGUACAGCAGUUGUAGAAGAGAGUUUUUGGAGGAAAGUCUCUCGAGAUUAGGGUUACAGAAGCUUAGCAUCGAAGAUGUUCACAAGAUGCCAUGGAAUGAUAUUGAAGACGAGAUUGAAAGAUGGAUUAAAGCUUCCAACGUUGCUUUAAAGAUACUUUUCACCAGCGAACGACGACUCUGCGAUCGGGUUUUCUUCGGAUUCUCCUCCGCCGCAGAUUUCUCGUUUAUGGAGGUUUGCAGAGGUUCUACAGUUCAGUUGUUGAAUUUUGCUGACGCGGUUGCAAUUGGAAGCCGUUCGCCUGAACGGUUGUUUAAAAUUCUGGAUGUGUUUGAAACAUUGCGUGACCUAAUUCCUGAAUUUGAGGUGUUAUUUUGUGAUCAGUAUAGUGUAUCGUUAAGAAAUGAAGCAUUGACUAUAUGGAAGAGAUUGGGGGAAGCAAUUAGAGGGAUUUUCAUGGAGUUGGAGAAUUUGAUUCGCAGAGAUCCAGCUAAGGCAGCUGUUCCGGGUGGUGGACUUCACCCGAUUACUCGCUACGUGAUGAAUUAUCUCCGCGCUGCGUGUCGGUCAAGACAGACAUUGGAGCAAGUGUUUGAAGACUAUGGACAUCCAUUGAAAGAAUACCCUAAAAUUGAUGAUAGAAUGUCUUCAUCUUCCUCUUUGUCAGUGCAAAUGGAUUGGAUUAUGGAGCUAUUAGAGAGCAAUUUGGAAGCCAAAUCAAAAAUCUAUAAAGAUCCUGCAUUGUGCUAUGUUUUCUUGAUGAAUAACUGCAGGUACAUUGUUCAAAAGGCUGAAGAUAGUGAAUUAGGGUCACUUUUAGGUGAUGAUUGGAUCAAAAAACACACUGCGAAAAUUCGGCAGUACCAUGUGCAGUAUCAAAGAAGCUCAUGGAAUAAGGUGUUUGGGUUUCUGAAAGUUGAAUACAAUGGAUCAAUCCCACCUAAUGGGGUAGCCAAGUCUAUGAAAGAGAAGCUGAAAUCAUUCAACAUGGUGUUUGAUGAUUUAUGCAGGGUUCAAUCUUCAUGGUUUAUCUUUGAUGAACAACUUAGGGAAGAAAUAAGAAUUUCAAUUGAGAAACUUUUGUUACCAGCUUAUGAAAAUUUCAUGGCGAGGUUUCAUAAUAUUGCUGAAGUUGGUAAGCAUGCUGAGAAAUACAUUAAGUACGAAACAGAGGAGAUUGAAGCAAGACUCAAUGAUUUGUUUCAGGGAAGCAGUGGAUCAACUGGUAGCAGAAAGAGAAGCUAAAAACUGUAUGUUUUUGUGUGUAUGUAUUUAAUAUUGUGUAGUUGUAAACUUGUAAUACAAAGUUUUGAUUGUCACAAUUUUAGUUGUAAAAGAUGCAUGACCUUGUUGUAUACUAUAAAUAUGAUUUGUAUGUUUUUCUGCUUAACAUCGUUUUGAAGGGUUGAAAAAGAUUUUUUUGCUUGGUUACAAAUGAAAAAAGGUAAAAGAGAAAUAGUAAAUUAAAUAAUGUGUACUAUAUUUUAAGGAGUUGCAUAAUUAACACUAGUUGGCUGUUGCACCAAUGAGGUCAUGGCUUUGGACUCUUCAAUUGCAGUGAUUAGAAUUGUAUAAAAAAACUAAGGAAUUGACUUAAUCAACAAGAUUUAGUAUGUAUAGUAUGAUACUGUCUCUAGUCAUUUUUAUAAGAGAAAUGAGUCGACGAAAAUUGAUGUAUUAUGGCGUAGGUUAAAAUUACUUGGUUCAACUCCAUGCAUUUGUCAAGUAAUUCUUGGACUUGGAUCCAUUGUAGUUAUGUAACCAUCCAGUUACUGGCAGUAGAUUACAGACCUUGAUAGAGAUCAAAUGUUCUCAUUUCACUUCAGUAAAUUGGAUUUUAAAUCUAAACUAUACUUGAAGACCGACAAGUUCAAUUUAAAACAUAAAUAUUGUUUUCAUGAAUAUACUAAUUCAGGAGAUUAUAUCACCAAAAAAAAAAUAAUAAUAAUACAAUAUGAGUAGGACCAUCAUUUAUGCAACAGUUGACUGGAGAUGAGAUUUUCCUUGACUUGGUUUGGAACUUUCAUGGUAACUGAUUGGAAAUAUCUUAAAACCAUAAAAAAAUGGAAAAAAUCUUUGGAACUUUCCUGGAGAUGAUAAACAGCUUUGGUCCCUAAUUGCCUCAUAAUUUCUGCUGAAAUAGAGAGAGCUUCUCAUAACCAAAGUUAUUCUCAUUCUGUCUGUGAAAUCAAUUCAUACACACUUUAGACAACAUGAUGCAUAUUCUAAUCCAAAUUUGGAAAUGGUUGAUGCAGCCAAAGUUGUGGAGGUUUGUGGGUUUUGUUUCAUCCAUUGUUGGAUUGCUCUGUUAUGGUCUAAGCUCUUCCUUCAACUAUCUCUUUGGAGAUUGGAAUCUGUUGAAGAUUUUCCUUUACAGUGUUUUCAGCUUAAUCAUCAGCCUCAUCAUUUUAUUUGCAAAGACAUGGCAACACUCAACAAGUCUUCGAUUCAAAGCUCACGCAGCAUUUUUGGUAUUAACAAUCACUUCACUCUAUUCAUUUUUCUUUGAUAAAGUAAUGAAUGGAAAACCAGAUGCAUAUAGUCUACUUUCAUGUGCUGCUUUUGCUAUCAUGUUACUAAGUUUGUCACGGAAAACUCAAUGCGGAUUUGAAGUGGAUCUUCUUUACUUUUUUCUCGGAUGUCUAAUUGUGCAACUCAUGAAGAUUAAACUGCAGUUAUUCAUUGUUGGAGCAGCUUUCGGUUACUUAAUUAUUAUUUUACGUUCUUCUUUCUCUUCUAUAGAUGUUGUAAUAUAUAAUGAAGAUCUUACUAGUCCCCAAGAUGAAAAUCUGGUAAUUAUUGAAGUCAAUUCAGAUUCACUGCAACUAACCAGUACCGAUAUUGGUAGCAGUAUGGUGGAACAACUCAGUAACUAUGUGAAGGCACUUCGGCAAGAAAAUUCAAAUAUCAUCGAAAAGCUUGGAGAUGAUUCUGGAUUUAUUAUGUCUGACCCUGACUUCAUGAUCAAGGCCUUGCCAACUGAAACAAUCGACAACCUUCACAAAACAGCCAAGUUGAUGGUUAGUGCUGGAUUUGAGAAGGACUUCUCCGACGUGUAUAUCAGUUGCCGUAAGGAAUGUUUGGUAGAAAGCCUCACAAGGUUAGGGUUCAAGAAACUCAACAUCGAGGACAUUCAGAUGUUGUCAUGGAUGGAAAUUGAAGACGGUCUUGAAAGAUGGAUUAAAGCUUCCAAAUUGGCUUUGAAGAUAUUGUUUCCAACUGAGCGACGAUUAUGUGAUCGGGUUUUCUUUGGGUUCUCAUCCAUCGCUGAUUUAUCAUUUAUGAAUGUCUGUAUGGAAUUUACACUUCAGUUGCUGAAUUUUGCCGAUGCUAUUGCCAUUGGAAGCCAAUCACCUGAGCGGUUGUUUAAAGUCAUUGACAUGUUUGAAACAAUGCGUGACCUCAUUCCAGAGUUUGAGUGUCUGUUCCGUGAUCAAUACAGUUUGUCGCUGCAAAAUGAAGCAACCACAAUUUGGAAGAAAUUGGGGGAAGCAAUUAGAGGGAUUUUCAUGAAGUUGGACAAUUUGAUUCGCAGAGAUCGAGCUAAGGCAGCUGUUCCGGGUGGUGGACUUCACCCGAUUACUCGCUACGUGAUGAAUUAUCUCCGCGCUGCAUGUCGGUCAAGACAGACAUUGGAGCAAGUGUUUGAAGACUAUGGACAUCCAUUGAAAGAAUACCCUAAAAUUGAUGAUAGAAUGUCUUCAUCUUCCUCUUUGUCAGUGCAAAUGGAUUGGAUUAUGCAGCUAUUAGAGAGCAAUUUGGAAGCCAAAUCGAAAAUCUAUAAAGAUCCUGCAUUGUGCUAUGUUUUCUUGAUGAAUAACUGCAGGUACAUUGUUCAAAAGGCUGAAGAUAGUGAAUUAGGGUCACUUUUAGGUGAUGAUUGGAUCAAAAAACACACUGCGAAAAUUCGGCAGUACCAUGUGCAGUAUCAAAUAAGGUCAUGGAAUAAGGUGUUUGGGUUUCUGAAAGUUAAAUACAAUGGAUUAAUCCCACCUAAAGGGGUAGCCAAGUCUAUGAAAAAGAAGCUGAAAUCAUUCAACAUGGUGUUUGAUGAUUUAUGCAGGGUUCAAUCUUCAUGGUUUAUCUUUGAUAAACAACUUAGGGAAGAAAUAAGAAUUUCAAUUGAGAAACUUUUGUUACCAGCUUAUGAAAAUUUCAUGGCGAGGUUUCAUAAUAUUGCUGAAGUUGGUAAGCAUGCUGAGAAAUACAUUAAGUACGAAACAGAGGAGAUUGAAGCAAGACUCAAUGAUUUGUUUCAGGGAAGCAGUGGAUCAACUGGUAGCAGAAAGAGAAGCUAAAAACUGUAUGUUUUUGUGUGUAUGUAUUUAAUAUUGUGUAGUUGUAAACUUGUAAUACAAAGUUUUGAUUGUCACAAUUUUAGUUGUAAAAGAUGCAUGACCUUGUUGUAUACUAUAAAUAUCACUGUAUUUUUUUCUGCUUAA